AAUAUUUAACCCUAGUUUCUCCUCAUCCUGCGUAUUCCUCUAGCCCCCUUUACCCCUACCCAGCCGCCCCCCUCACCGCACCAGAAAGCAGCCAUGGGUCGUGUUCGUACGAAAACAGUGAAGAAAUCGUCACGACAAGUCAUAGAACGUUACUACUCAAAAAUGACCUUAGAUUUCCACACAAAUAAGAAGAUUCUCGAAGAAGUAGCCAUCAUCCCAUCGAAGCGUCUCCGCAACAAAAUUGCUGGAUUCUCCACUCAUUUAAUGAAGCGGAUCCAAAAGGGUCCAGUAAGAGGAAUUUCUCUUAAGUUGCAAGAAGAAGAAAGAGAGCGUCGUAUGGAUUUUGUACCUGAUGAAUCUGCUAUUCAAACUGAUAGGAUUGAAGUUGAUAAGGAAACUAUUGACUUGCUUGCUUCUAUGGGUAUGAGUGAUCUACCUGGUAUUGUGCUUAAGGAAGAACAGACCGUGGCUAUGGCUGCGCCUGUUGGAUUCGGUGGACGUGGUGGAUUUGGUGGCUCUGGUGGUAGACGUGGUGGGUAUUGAUAAUGGGUCUAUAGCUUUUUUUUUUGUUUAAAUGCCUUUUUGUUUGGUGUUAUGAGAAGAAGUGCGUUUGUUAAUUUCUAGACUUGGAUGUUACUAUCUGAUUGUGGUUUGAAAUGUCAGUGUUUUUUUAGUGUACUGAACUUCGUGGGUAAUGCAACAUAUACUAUAAUUGAGAUGUUGUGCGUUUCUGUCCAAUUUAUGUGAAAUAGAACUUUAAUUGUUUUGCU